AUGCUUCAGCAGAUAUGCAUGGUCAUGCUGGCUCUGAGUUCGUUUUCUGCUUUGCAGAUUUCAUAUUUAAAUGCACUCCGUUUUGGACUUAAGAGAAUCUUUUUUGGUGGUUUCUUCAUAAGAGGUCAUGCUUAUACCAUGGAUACAAUCUCUUUUGCUGUUCAGUUCUGGUCUAAAGGGGAGAUGCAAGCAAUGUUUCUCCGGCAUGAAGGGUUUCUAGGAGCCUUAGGUGCGUUUAUGAGCUAUGAGAAGCAUGGUCUGGAUGACUUGAUGGUUCAUCAGUUGGUUGAAAGAUUCCCCAUGGGAGCACCAUACACCGGUGGAAAGAUUCAUGGCCCCCCACUGGGUGACUUGAAUGAAAAGAUUUCUUGGAUGCAAAAGUUUGUGCUAAAGGGUACUGAGAUAACUGCACCUGUGCCAAUGGCUCCUCCAGGAACUACUGGCCUUGGUGGCUUUGAGGUUCCUUCCUCGAAAGGGGGUACACUACGAUCUGAUGCAAGUGCUCUAAAUAUCGGUGUUCUCCAUCUCGUACCGACUUUGGAGGUGUUUCCGCUGUUAGCAGACCUGAAAACGUAUGAGCCCAAUACAAUCGAUCUUUCUGAUCACAAUGAAUUGGAGUACUGGUUCACUGUCCUGUCCGACCAUAUGCCUGAUCUUGUUGACAAGGCAGUAGCAAGUGAAGGGGGGACUGACGAUGCUAAAAGAAGAGGCGAUGCUUUUGCUCGUGCAUUUUCAGCUCACUUGGCGAGGUUGAUGGAGGAGCCCGCAGCAUAUGGGAAGCUUGGAUUGGCCAAUCUCUUGGAGCUCAGGGAAGAGUGUCUGAGAGAGUUCCAUUUUGUUGAUGUCUACAGAACUAUUAAACAGAGGGAAAAUGAGGCAUCACUUGCUGUGUUGCCUGACCUAUUAAUGGAGCUUGAUAGUAUGACAGAGGAAACAAGAUUGCUUACCUUAAUUGAGGGAGUUCUAGCUGCUAAUAUAUUUGACUGGGGAUCUCGUGCUUGUGUGGAACUCUAUCAUAAAGGGACAAUAAUUGAAAUCUACAGAAUGAGUCGCAAUAAAAUGCAAAGGCCUUGGCGGGUGGAUGAUUUUGAUCUCUUCAAAGAGAGAAUGUUGGGUUCUGGAGAUAAGAAGCCUCUACCGCACAAGAGAGCUCUACUCUUUGUGGACAAUUCAGGUGCUGACAUUGUUCUAGGAAUGCUUCCCUUGGCGAGGGAACUCCUUCGCCGUGGGACUGAGGUUGUUUUGGUUGCGAACUCUCUUCCUGCUCUAAAUGAUGUAACUGCUAUGGAGGUUCCUGAGAUUGUUGCUGAAGCAGCUAAGCACUGUGACAUUCUUAGAAGAGCUGCUGAAGCUGGAGGGCUACUUGUGGAUGCAAUGAUCACCAACUCAGAUGGUGCCAAAGAGAAUUCGUCGUCAGUCCCGCUAAUGGUUGUUGCGAAUGGCUGUGGAAGUCCAUGCAUUGACUUGAGGCAGGUCAGCUCCGAGCUUGCUGCUGCUGCGAUGGAGGCUGAUCUGAUUAUCUUGGAAGGUAUGGGUAGAUCUCUUCACACCAACUUCAAUGCUCGGUUCAAAUGUGACGCUUUGAAGCUUGCAAUGGUGAAGAACCAAAGGUUGGCAGAGAAACUGAUUCAAGGAAACAUAUACGAUUGUGUGUGCAGAUAUGAACCAGCAAGUUGA